UGCAAAGUGCGGUUGACGGGAGUGCUGUUGUUAAACAGAAUGGCGAACAAACAUUCUCUUUUGUUAUUUUUGGUAAUUAUAUCAGCUAUUCGGGAAAUAGAAUCAGCAGACUAUGCCUGUAAGUCGAAGCCUGUUCAGAUGGAUAUAAUAGUGGACUGGACUAAAAACAUCGGCAGCAAAGACAAAAACACUGUUGAACAAAUUAUUGUAAAGAUUAUCUCCGAUCUUCCAGCUCACAGUUCAGUCAAGGUGAAUGCAGCGUCUGGUUCUAUAAUGACACAAAUUGUUUCAGUCAGUACACCGUAUGCCAAUAUGAGCUGGUCUGCCAAACUGUAUGAUUAUAAUUUACCACAGGGAGGCAACUCUAUAUCGCUGGCUGCCAUAGAUAAUGAGCUUAACUCUCAAUUUACUGUUAAUAAACACAGGACAAAAGCUGAACUUACUAUCGUCUUUGUAAGUGAUUCGACAAAUGUAAUUGGCACGUCGGUGAUGCUUUACAAGAAAAAAGCAAUCUUUGUGGUCAUUGGGGACUCAAUUCCAAGUGUUUAUGGACCUUUGGCAAGUACCAAAAAUCACACACAUUUACUCAGUGAAGGUGAAAACAAGUUGACCAGACUAAUAAACUCGAUCAGCAGUCAAAUCGCAUGUGGUAAGUUAUUAACAUUUUCACCAGAUACAAAUUUGCACUGUUUGUUUAAAAUGUGACAAAAUGAAAUUUAUUAAAG